UAGAAGCAUUAGUUUUGUCCAUAGUGGUAGUUUUGGCCAUACUGGCGAAAAAAGCGGUAUUUUGGAAAAAAUAAAUCGAAUUUUCAGCAAUAAAACCCCAGAGACGAUAGUUUAACUAUUUGUUUCGAGAAAUAAACAUGUUUUUUAUCAUAAUUAUGGUUAAAUAAAUUUGUAUAAAAGAAAUAAAUUUGCGUGUGCUUUUUACACCUUGAUUUUACCAAUUUGGUAACAUAUAAGCAUAUUUUUACAAGCUGAAAAAACUAAUGUAUCAAUAUUGUACAUAUGCAAAAAUAUAUUUUUGGACAAACAAAUUAUAUAGAUUUUGGCAAAAAACCAUUAUUAUCAUGAUUUAAAGCAGUUAAAUGCAGUAAAAUUUCUAUUAAACACGACCACUCAAAAUUCCACGGUGAUUCUAUUUUGGCCACCCCUCAAUCGCACUGAAAUUUGACAGUUUCUAUUUUCGCCAGCCCCGCUCGGAUCAUUGUUUACAUUUUAGUUUUUAGUCAAAACCGCAUUUUUAAGUGAUAAAAACACAAAAAACACAUCCGGUGCUAGACUCUUUAGUGUGAAUUUACUAUCUAGCCUCUUGUUACAUACGUGGCCACAGUAGAAAUUAGAAUGCUGCAUGAGAAAACCUCAGUCGUUCCGCGAAAAAAUCCACCGUACGACGACACUGCGCUUCAAUGCUGUCUCCGGGAAAUCGCCCUUGGUGUGUCAGUAUACGCGACCUGUAAGAAGUAUGGAAUACCUAGAUCCACAGUUCGAUACCGUGCAAGUGAUAAGUGGCAAAAAAAGACGAGGCGAGGACCCGGAACUGUGUUCUCCGAGCAGGAGGAAUUGGAUAUUGUGUCCUGGAUAAUCCAAAUGCAAAACAGAGGAUUCCCUGUUCAAUUCCGCACGGUGCAGUUUAAAAUCAAAUCAUUCCUGACAGAAUAUCCACGUGAAACGCCAUUCAAAGACAAUUGCCCAGGGAAAACAUGGUUCACAUCAUUUAUGAACCGUCAUCCAAGAUUGACAAUUCGAUCACCGGAGUUCGUCUCAGCGGCCAGUGCACGGGUUUCAGAAGCUGACAUUAGAAAAUGGUUUGUGGACGUUUACAGCUGGUUCGAUGCUCAAGGAAAGAUAGAUAUUCUAGCUGAUCCAAGUCGCGUGUUCAAUGGUGAUGAGACGUCGUUUUACCUUCAUCCAAAAACUCGUGCAGUAAUAGCAGAAACAGGCUCUCGAAAUGUAUAUGAAGUGGAACGGGCAAACAGUAAAGAAAACAUUACGGUGAUGUUUUCUUUCAGCGCCGAUGGACAAAUCGUUGAUCCCUUCGUGAUUCUUUCGGGUCGCAGAAUAAGGAAAGAAGUUGCACAAGCUUUCCCCGCAAACUGGGGUCUUGAACCAAGUGAACGUGGAUGGAUGAAUACUGAGAAGUUUCUUUGGUACAUCAAACACAAGUUUCAUCCUUUUCUUGUCAAAAAUGCCAUACAACUCCCGGUGGUUUUCUUUGUCGAUGGACAUUCAUCCCAUGUGGCCAUAGAAGUUGCGGAUCAGUGUCAGGAGCUAGGGAUCAUUCUGGUUGCUCUCUACCCAAACACGACACGCAUAACACAACCAGCAGAUGUAGCGAUUUUCAAACCACUCAAGAAUCAAUGGAAAAAGUGCAUGGACGAAUGGAGCUCGACCCACGAGGGAGAAAUCUUUACAGUAAUACAAUUCGGUCCAACAUUGGAGAAAGCGGUGAACGAAGGAAUAAAAAAGAAUAGUAUAAUCAAUGGAUUUCGAGUCUGCGGAUUGUAUCCGUUUAAUGCGGACAAUGUUGAUUAUACAAAAUGCCUCGCGGAAGCUGGCCUGGCUCCAGAACCAUCCAAUCUUAUAGACGAACAACAGCUCGAAGGUAUUAAAUUAUUUCGUAUUUGGAAAAUUUAUUUAAAAAAUCAUUACAAUGGAUUACUAUCUAAAAAGACGCCUCUGGAAUGUUUUUUUUUUUGUUAUGUCUAA